GUUGUACACCACACAUCCGAACCGAACGUAAUCUGCGGUGAUCUGUGGAUCGUUCGUUGAGACGUGCCACCUGAGAUUCGAUCAAUUAUCCUCUUUAAUUCUUUUUCUCUAUCGUCUUCGUCAUGUCAAACAUUAAAUUUGGCGAUUAUCCUGCAGAAUACGAUCCAGCAAAACAUGGUCCUUACGAUCCUGCUCGAUAUUACGGAAAACCUGAUACCCCUUUCAGCGACUUGAAACUUAAAGAAGUGCCUGCAUGGAUUGGACGACGCGAGAAGGGACCCCGUCAACUUAUGGGAUUAUUUUCCCGAGCUUUUUGGCGUUGGCAGCAUAAGUAUGUACUGCCUAAAAAAACUGGUAUAGCUCCGAUUGCUCAAAUUGUAGUUGGAGGAUCUAUGUUUUUCUAUUAUUUGAAUUACUAUCGUAUCAGGGGUCACAGGAAUUACAAGUACCACUAAAGUUUGACUUCGUUAUCGAGCACGUGUUCGUUAAAAAUAGAAUAUUACUACGAUAUAUAUUAGUUAACUAAAAGGAGUUAAAAAUUUUGAACGCUUGUAAAGUGAAAUAAAGAUUCUUUAAACAUGUAA